UGAACAUAAUACAUUCAUUUAUGGGUAGCCUUCCGAGAAUAGAUAAUUGUUUAAAAUAUUCAUUGUGAACGACGCAGAUAUUAAGAGACAAUGAGAGAGUCACUCAUUCAAGUUGUAACUCGUGUCUGUGAACUAGCUUAGCGUCCUAGCUUCUAACAAAUGAACCCGGAAGUACAAAUACUGCGAGGGUUGAAGAAAUGUGAGAAAGAACGAGGAACUUUCUCGAAGAAGCGCCAAGUUGUGCGACACAGAGCAGUGAAUUUGAACAGCAGGAGUGGAACUACAGGAUGGUGCAGCAGGAACCACAGCCACCUCACAUGAAAGAGGAAGGGGAGGAGCCGCAGUCCUCCUAUAUUGAACAGGAAGAUCACAGCAUCGGUCAGGAGGAAUUUGAACGGCUGGAGGUUAUUGUUGUCCCUGUGAAGAGCGAAGAUGAUGUGGAUGAAAAAGAGGUGGAGCCUCCAAGCAGCAGCUCCACUGACAUGACAACAAAAGUCGAUGGAGGACAUUGUGGUGAAGCACAAACAGACAGCCUAUUAGCUCCAUUAUCAGAUAGCGACGGCACAACGUUACGCUGUUCUCACACUGAAGACUCUAACGCUGGUAUGAGACGUCACACUGACAACACGAGCUGGAAAUGCUCUCAAUGUAAUAAAACAUUUGCUAACAAGCGAUAUCUGAAAACACACAUGAAACGACACACACGAGAGAAGCCUUUUGCCUGCUUAGUUUGUGGUAAAGUAUUCUCUCAAAAAGAAGAUUUGAAUAGACAUACAAAAAUACACACCGGAGAGAGACCUUUUCUUUGCUCAGUUUGUGGCAAAAGAUUCAUGCAUAAGUCACAUUUGAAGGAACACACAAGAAUGCACACUGGAGAGAAACCUUUUCCAUGCACGGUGUGCGAAAAAAGAUUUUCUCAAAAACGCCUUUUAAAUACACACACGAGAGUGCACACUGGGGAGAAACCUUUUCCUUGCUUGUGCGGUAAAAGAUUCUCUCAAAAACGCGUUUUAAAAAAACACACCAGAGCACACACCGGGGAGAAACCUUUUCCCUGCUUAGUGUGUGGUAAAAUAUUCUCUCACAAAUGUGAUUUAAAAACGCACACCAGAGUACACACCGGAGAGAAACCAUUUUCUUGCUCAGUUUGUGCUAAAGGAUUCACUUAGAAGUCAAAUUUGAAAGAACACACAAAAAUACACACUGGAGAGAAACCUUUUCCUUGUACAGUGUGUGGUAAAAGAUUCUAUCAGAAAACGAAUUUAAAUGGACACGCAAGAAUACACUCUGGAGAAAAACCUUUUUCUUGCUCAGUUUGUGGUAAAAGUUUCCCUUGGAAAAUAUCUUUGAUGAGACACAUAAGAACACACACUGACAGUAUUAUGAAAAAAAAUACUUCUCACGUUGCUGUGAGUAAUUUAAUCUGACUUUGAUAAUGGGCAGUGGCGCAAUUAAAAAUAAGGCGAGGACUACAAAUGGAACACUUUGGCUUUAACCAAUCAGAUUUCAAAUCACCAGGCACACAGGAACAUCAGGAUUUUUCCAUCCUUGUCAUCUGAAAGCAUGUUCCCAAACACUUAAAAUUACGGCGUACACUUGAACACUUCAUCACAGUGCUUAAUUGACCCUGUUGUGACACGAAGAAAGAGGCAGACACGGAGUUAUUAAUUGUUUUGUGUGUGUUAUUUGAGCAAAUGAGUGAGUUUUAUAAACAAUGAACACCUCUGUGUCUGACCAGUGCUUAUUGGUGAGUGGUCAGCAUGUCGGCCACACAGUCAGGAAAUCGGGAAGACCUGGGUUCCAUUCCCUGCUUGGUAUUAUUGUGUGGAGAAAAAAAUGCAUGUUAGGUUAAUUGAUGACUCCAAGUUUACGUAUAUGUGCCUUGUGAUUGGCCAGGGUGUGCCCCGCAUUGAAUGUAUGAUGUAUGUUAUAGUAUAUUUUUUCAUGUUUUUGUCAUAAAAAACUGAUUCUGAACUGCUGUAUAUGUUGUGUCGAGGUUUGGAGUUGUUUAGAGAUUAUGUAUUUGAAGAUAAAUGGUUCCCUGGGUUUCGUCCUGAAUUCUAUACAGCCAUGUAUUGUUAUAGUGCAUGUUUGUAUAUUAUUGAGAGUUUGUAUUAUUGUGAUGGCAUAGUGGUUGUAUUAAGAUGUGAAUUGGGUCGUCCCUGAAGACCCAGGUACCAAAUGUACAACACACCACAGCAUAACAUUACAAAAUAAAGCAGGCUCUCAAAUUA